CUGCCGGACCGGGCCAUGGGUCCCACUACCCAUACUUUCGAUCGAGUAUUUGGGAGUGACAGCCUCACGAAGCAGGUGUAUGAAGAAGGAGCCAAGGAGAUUGCCCUUUCUGCACUCGGUGGUAUUAACUCAAGCAUUUUUGCAUAUGGGCAAACCGGCAGUGGAAAGACAUACACCAUGACUGGAAUCACUGAAUAUGCAAUAGCAGAUGUAUACAACUACAUGGAUAUGCAUAAAGAAAGAGAAUUUGUGUUGAAGUUCUCUGGCAUGGAGAUCUAUAAUGAGGCCGUCAGAGACCUUCUGAGGUCAGACAGUGCUCCACUUCGGCUUCUAGAUGAUCCAGAGAAAGGUACUGUUGUUGAGAGACUCGCAGAGAUAACUUUGAAAGACCGGAACCAUCUGCAUGCACUCCUUUCCAUUUGUGAAGCUGAAAGGAAGGUAGGAGAAACCUUUCUGAAUGAAACUAGUUCCAGAUCCCAUCAAAUUUUGCGACUGACAAUUGAAAGCUCUGCUCGUGAAUAUGAACGCUCAGAAAAUGCAAGCAUUCUUGUAUCUCAAAUGCAUUUUGUUGAUCUUGCUGGAAGUGAGCGUGUGUCUCAGACAUUAUCAGCUGGUGCAAGAUUGAAAGAAGGUUGCCACAUUAGUUUACUGACUCUAGGAACUGUAAUCCGCAAAUUAAGCAAGGGAAGACAUGGGCAUAUUCCCUUUAGGGACUCUAAGCUAACACGCAUUCUACAGAACUCCCUUGGUGGCAAUGCCAGGACAGCCAUGAUCUGCACCAUGAGCCCUGCCCGUAGUCACGUUGACCAAUCAAGAAACACCCUCUUGUUUGGGAGUUGUGCUCAAGAAGUGACUACUAACCCAAAGGUCAAUGUGUGGAUGUCCAAUAAGGCAUUGGUAAAGCAACCGCAAAGAGAAAUGGUGGGUAGAAUGGAGAGCGAGUUCAAUAAGAGCUUAGCACCAAAUUUCAUCACAUAUGAUGUCGUCUCCAUAAUGAAGGAGAAAGAUCUCAGGAUUGCGAAGAUGAAUCAAGAGAUUAAAGAAUUGACUCGGCAAUAUGAGCUGGCUCAGCAUAAUUGGGUUGAGAGUAUACAACAAUCUACUGGAGAUGAACAGGUUUUAAGAAUGGAUGAAUGUCCUAUAUUCCAUUCAUCACAACUAGCCAAUCCUUGUUUUCUCGAUCUCGUUCCCAGGACACACAGUUUUUCUAAAGAUUUUGGCAGACCCAGUGCACGCAGUUUCAACAAGCAGUACCCCCAACAGUUUGCUGAGAAUCCUGAAGACAACUUUCUGCUGGAUGAGAAUCUUGAUCAAGACAACUUUCUACUGGAUGAGAAUCCUGAAGACAACUUCCUGCUGGAUGUCGGUACCGUUGGCCCUGAUCCAUAUGAGUGUUUGGAUUGGAAUGCUCAAAUGGCUGAUUCAAAAUCUGAAGAUGACUGCAAGGAAGUUCGAUGCAUCGAAGUGGAGGAAUUACGAAUGGAUAGAAAAGUAGAAGCCCCUCUGUCCUUACCUGGUCCUGAAAAAAAAAUUGGACACUUACCCUUGAGAGAGGUCAUGAAUGAAGAUGCCGUAACAUCCCCAACGAAGGGACCUACGGAGGCAACGAAUGGAGAUGUUGCAACGUCCCUAAUGAAGGUAUCUAAGGAGGCUAUGAAUGAAGAUGCAGUGUCAUCUCCACAGAAACGAUCUAAGAAGGUCAUGCAUGAAGAAGCAGUAUCAUUCCCUGAGAAUAGAGCUCAAGAUUUGAGUGAUGUCAAUGCAGAAUACGUUUAUGAUGAUCUAAAGCAAAGAAUUCAGAGCAUGCAAAAUGCUAUCAGCUGUCUUAUCAGUUUCAGUCCAUCAGAGGAAGCUCCAAGAUAUUCUGAUGCUUAUAUGUUCCGCUCUAGAAGGCCGACAUUGGUUAGAAGCAGAAGUUGCGGGGCAGUUCUCGUGACUAUUCCACCUACUGGAUUUGAGGACUUCCCUAGAAGUCCAGAACGCCCACAGAAAAUUAAUUCUGCACCGAGGUUUAGUGUUAACGAUGAAUAUUUUUCUAGAAAAGAUUCUCAAAAGUCUCUCAAGAGUUUUUACACAGAAGCACAGAACAGCAACAAGUCUGAUUCAGAGCUGGAUGCUUUUGCUGGACUGAAUGAAGCCAAAAAUUCAUCUAAUAAACGAUCUGAUGAUAUGGUGCAAAGGGCCGUACACAACAUGAAUGAUGCCAGAGACAACAACGUAAACGAGAUUGGCUUGGAUGAACAGGAGGGUAGUUUGCAGCCAGCUUCAAACAGGCUCUCCAAAUUUGAGAAGCAGAGAGGUGAAAUAAUUGAACUCUGGGAUGCGUGCAAUGUUCCAUUGGUUCACAGAACCUAUUUCUUCCUUUUAUUCAAAGGUGAUCCUUCAGACUCUGUGUAUAUGGAAGUAGAGUUCAGACGGUUGUCCUUACUGAAGGACACUUUUUCGCAUGGAGCUAGCAUGGUGGAUAAGAGUGGAACUCUCACAAAAGCUUCAAGCACGAAGGCUCUUGAUCAGGAAAGGAAAAUGUUGUGCAGGAAAAUGCAUAAGUUCACAAAAAUACAACGAAAACGGCUUUACCAGAAGUGGGGUAUUAAGCUGAAUUCAAAGCAGAGGAGCCUACAAUUAGCAUACCGGUUAUGGAAGGACACGAAAGACAUGGACCAUAUAUGGAACAGUGCUGCCCUUGUUGCAAGCUUGGUGGGUUUUGAGAACCCAAGUCAAGUCUGCAGGUCGAUUUUUGGAGUCGGUUUCUUAUCCCUAAAGGAAUCCCAUAAAUCCUCUAUAUGGAAACACAGUUUUCCAUCUCUCUCGUAA